GGAAAAGGCUGAUUUUCUCCUCGCUGCAGUUGCGAAAGCCGAAAGCCUGCUCGUGUGUGGCCGUCGCCGGAGCGCUAUGGAUGCGGCAGAGCAGCUGUGAGGAGAUGCUUCCGCCAACAAACUCCGACAGAAACAUCUUUUUUUCAUUGCUUUGCUUUUUUGCCUGUCACGCUCGCACAGACUGACCCGAGAGGACACACACGCUGAGGGACGCGGGGAAGGAUAUAUAUAUGUCGUUGAAUGGCAGUUCUACAAAAACAUGGAAAGAACUCUUGUCCAGAUUUGUCCAGUAUUAAGGAAAACCCCGCAGAUAAUAUCGGAGCAGCCGGAUCACAGAAGAAGUGGACAGAGUCAAGUCAGAACUGGACAAGGCCAGUAGCGAGGAUCUGGACAGUGGUUCUGCUGCUGGGGACAUGCCUGCUCUACUGUGCGCGUGUGGCCAUGCCUAUCUGUGCCGUGAGCAUGGCGGAGCGCUUCAGCUGGUCCAAGAGAGAGACGGGCAUGGUGCUGGGCAGCUUCUUCUGGGGCUACUGCUUCACUCAGGUCCUUGGAGGCUACGUCAGUGACAGGGUGGGAGGAGAGAAAGUAAUGCUGUUGUCAGCGGCUGCAUGGGGAGCAAUGACGGCCUUCACACCAAUCCUGGCCCAUUUCUGCUCGCAGCCCAUCUUCUCCAUGACCCUCUCCCGCUUCCUCAUGGGUCUCCUUCAGGGUGUUCAUUACCCGUCUCUGGCCAGUCUGUGCUCUCAGAAGGUUGUGGAGAGUGAGAGGGGUUUCCUCAUGAGCACAGUGGGAAGCGGCUCAUACCUGGGGACUCUGGUGAUAGGAGGUGUGGGCUCUCUGAUGCUGGAUUUGUACGGCUGGGAGAGUGUGUUUUACGUCUCUGGGCUUUUGUCUGUGCUGUGGGCUUAUUGCAUGUGGAAAUAUCUGCUGAAAGGAGAGGGUCCCAUCAUCACACUGGAGUCUCUGGGCAGUGCCGGGACUCAGUCCAAAAUACCCAAGAGGAACUGGCUGCGGCUCUUCAGACAGCCAGCUGUGUGCGCCGUCAUUAUUACACACUUGUGCACUGCUAGCACCUUCUUCACACUUCUGUCAUGGCUGCCAACGUUUUUCAAGGACACCUUCCCUGAUGCCAAGGGUUGGGUGUUUAAUGUGAUCCCAUGGUUUGUGGCCAUUCCCUCUUCCCUGUUUAGUGGCUGCCUUUCAGACCAUCUAAUCAGUCAGGGUUUUGAUACUGCGUCAGUGAGAAAACUCAUGCAGUUCUUUUCCAUGGGCGUCUCCAGUGUGUUUACUCUGUUUCUGUGUGGCACCACCACCUUUCCUGCAGCUGUGGCUUUCGUGUCCGCUACUAUGGGCCUUACCACAUUCAGCCACAGUGGGGUUUCGGUGAAUGUUCAAGAUCUUGCUCCCUCCUGUGCCGGUGCUUUGUUUGGGGUGAUGAAUACCUGUGGAGCGUUUACAGGGGUCAUCAUGGUGUAUUUCUCGGGGUACCUAAUCGAGACCACAGGUUCCUGGGCGUCAGUGUUCGGCCUCAUUACAGUGGUCAACUUGCUGGGUUUAACAACAUUUCUGAGCUUUGCAGAAGCUCGCAGAGUGGAUAUAGAUCUUGCCAAAGGUCGAUACCACAACAUCCACAUAUGACAGCACACAGUCACCAUCGGGAUCUUGGGAGAAAUGAGCAGCUCUGACAGAAACCAAUCUGAAGAGACUCUGGUUUCUUGAUCACCCUUUGACUUGUCAUUGGCUGAAAAGAGUCCAGGAAAAGCAGUAGGAGAUGCUUCAUAUAGCUGUUAGAAGUCAUCAUGAAGAAUGUUACUGAAUAAUUUAAAGGAACAGUUCACCCAAAUAUGAAAAUUCUGCUUCCUCCACUGGUUUCCGUUUUCUCUGUUGAACACAAAGGAAAAUACACAAAUUAUUGGAAAAAAAAAAGACUUUUUGUUUAUACUAUGGAUGCCAAUGACUGCUUUUUUCCAACAUUCAGCAUCAUCUUCACGUGUUCAACAGAAGAAAGUAGUUCAUAAAGGCUUAUAACCAUUUGAGUGAGGAAAUAAGAAGGACAUUUUCAUUUUUGGCUAAACUAUGCCUUUAAGGUCCUUGCUUUUCAUUCCGUUCUGUUUUAAAAACAGUUGCUUUAAUAUCCUCAUUACUGUGACCAAAGCAGUUGAGAAUCCUGCAACCCAAUGUACCGUCCAUUUAAUCCUGCAGAGUUCCAGAGUCUGGGUAAUGACUAUGUUAAGUUAUUCAUUUCUACAUUAUGGCCAAUGCAUGACAUAAAUACCUCGUCUCAGACCUCUCAGAGUUUGUUACUGCAGUUAAAGAGCGUUACUGUCA